UAGCCCAAGUUGGACAGCAGAAAGACACCAGCUUGUAGCUAAAGGACCUAAUGAGAAAGUCUCUCACUGUGGAAGUCCUGUGGUGCCAAGUUGUUUUGCAGAAUUUGAAUUUGGGGAUAAGGUGAUAGAGCUGUUUGGUCUCGAUAAUGUAUCGGCUGAUGCAAAUAGUCUCAAGAUUUCGACACGCCAGAAUGAUCAAGAUUCAGCACAGAUAAUAAUCAAAGAGGAAACUGAAUUUGGGGAUAAGGUGAUAGAGCUUUUGGGUCUGACAAGUGUAUCAGCCGAUACAAAUGGUGCCAAGGUUUCUACGUUUCAGAAUGAUCAUGAAUCAGCACAGAUAAUAAUCAAAGAGGAAAUUGAUUGUGACACUGACAACGGUUCUGUCAACGACUUGGAUUCUCCGCAUUUUGCAGAUGAGGACAACAGUGUUUCCGCCGCCUGCAAAUCCAAAGUCACGAGAGGGAGAGACGGGCUCCGCAGUUGCACCAGCCGGUUGCCGCGGGCUCGCCAAUCCGCUGGCCCUCCGCCGUCUCGGAGUCCGUCCUGCAGCCAGUAUCACUGUGCAGUGUUUCGAUGUGUUACCAAUGCCCGCAAGAUGCCAGGUGUCGUGUGUCACUCCUUCCCCAAAGACGAACACUUGCGGCGCGAGUGGAUUGCGAGGUGCAGGCGGCCCGACGUAAUCAACGUGAGAACUGCGCGGGUGUGUUCUGUACAUUUUCAGCCAGAGGACUACGUACGAGAUUUGAGAAACGAACUUCUCGGAUUACCCUUGAGAAAGAAAUUAGUACCCACAGCAGUACCCAGUCUGAACAUUCCGAGGUGGGACGAAGGUGAAAUUAUGGAAUGCAGGGAUAUGAGCAAAAAGGUGUGUGAACAGCAUUUUCACCCUCAUGAAAUUAUAACAUCAUCUCAAGAUAUCAGAAGAAAUGGAGACGUUCCUCGCACACUUGCAAGACCAAGUUUGCUUUCAACAGCAGUUCCUUCUGUUUUUCCAAACUGCCCUCACUAUUUGAGCAAACCUUCAAGUUACAGAAUUGGCCCUGAGAGAGGAGGACGCAGAAGAAAGAAGCUACGUCGCUGUGAUUACGAUGACAGUGACAACAACAACGUGGAUGCUGUUGUACACAAAAUACCAGUGAACCAUCAGGAUGUGAUCGUAAAAGACGAAAUAAUUGUAAAGAGAGAAGUCGAGUCUGAUUCUGAAGAUGUGGUGGACACAGGUAGACAACAGGAUUUUGAAUACUUGUCAGUCAGGGAGGAACCAUUAGAAGACCCUGACGAAUCCACGUUGUCAGCAAAUGAAGAGUCAUGUGAACAAGUGGGUCAUGAUCAGGAACUGCCAGUUAUCAUCAAAGAAGAAAUUGACUGUGAUGAUUACACCGAUCCACUCAGCUUUUCAGAAGAGACCUGCUGGUAGUAGUGACUGUAGCAUGGCAGACAGAUUGAGCAAGGCAGAAGAGACAGGUCAACACGAGGCCCUGGAGCUACACGAAGAAGACAACUCGCAAAAGCCCGGGAGCUACGUGAGGAAUACGUUUCGCCACUGACGUGGAGACGGGUAGCGGUAACAGCUCGGAGAAUGACGUGUGCUGUUGUCGAGUGCUGCACCGGAAUCUCGUGAGUCAGAAGAGUACGAAACUCGGACAAUACCUCGCGAAGACGGAAGAAGUAUUCGUAAUGUGUACCGAGCACGUGUCCGAGUGUCCUCAAACCCUACACUGCCGCCGUUGUAAUCGGGCACGUACAGUCUCGCACACCUGUGGGGUGACGUGCCAAUUGUCAUUUGUAUUGUGAGAAAGCAAAUGUGCAGCUGCUAACAGCGGCGUGCUGGGAGUGUGAGGCCUCGCCCGCUCGUGCGAGGUGUCUGGCGUGGCGUUUAGAUUGCCUUACGUCAUAUGAUUCCGGGUGUAUACAUUGUACUUAGUUGAGAGAGCUUUUUUGUUUCUAUUUUCGGGGAAGACUUUAGAAAAACCUCUGUAAGACUCCACACACGGUGUGUGUAACUGAACAUUUGUUGUGAUAUGUAACUCACAGUCUCAUUGGCACAGUAACAUUCAUUAGAGACCAGUUUUCAAUGUUGAGCCUCCAGUUUUGAGUUUGCUGCUACAGAAUAAAAGCAGAGGUUAAUGGUGCCAACUUGUGAGUAAUUAAAUUUUACUGUGCAAUUAGCACUGUGAAUUGCAUGCUGUACUGUGAACACGUGGCGUUGCCCUGUGCAGUCGUGGCAAAUAUUAGCAGACUGUUGGUUGCAACAAGUUAAGUGAUGUCAUAGAAAUCUUCACAUAGAAAAGGGGCGUGAUACUUGUGUGUAUUGU